AUGGAGAGAAAAGUUCUCGCGAUGCAAGCCAGGAAGAAGAAAAGCAAGCCAAGGAAACCUGGGAAAAGACCAGAGCCUCCUGGCCGCGGAGGGGGAGGGGGAGGAGGAGGUGGAGGUGGAUCUCAGGGGCCGACAGACUCUCCUCUGCCUGAACAGGACGAGGAAAUCCUGGGAUCAGACGACGACGAACAGGAGGAUCCCAAUGACUACUGCCGAGGUGGGUAUCACAAUGUGAAGAUUGGGGACUUGUACAAUCAGAAAUACCACGUGAUCCGAAAACUGGGAUGGGGCCAUUUCUCGACGGUGUGGUUGGCUUGGGACGUCCAGGAGAAGAGAUUCGUUGCCAUGAAGGUGGUGAAAAGUGCAGAGCAUUACACUGAAACCGCCAUGGACGAGAUAAAGCUGCUCAAAUCGGUGCGAAACACAGAUCCCAACGACCCAAACAGAGAGCGGGUGGUGCAGCUCCUGGACGACUUCAAGAUCUCUGGAGUCAAUGGCACUCACGUGUGCAUGGUGUUUGAGGUGCUGGGAUAUCACCUCCUCAAAUGGAUCAUCAAGUCCAACUAUCAGGGCCUCCCACUGCCCUGUGUCAAGAGCAUCAUCAAACAGGUGCUGCAGGGCCUGGACUACCUCCACACCAGAUGUAAGAUCAUCCACACAGACAUCAAGCCGGAGAACAUCCUGCUGACGGUGAACGAGGCCUACAUCAGGAAGAUGGCGGCUGAAGCGACUCAGUGGCAGAAGACCGGAGCAGCGCCCCCUUCUGGAUCUGCAGUGAGCACAGCCCCAGCCCCAAAAGCACAGAUACAAGGCAAAAUGUCCAAGAACAAGAAAAAGAAGCUGAAGAAGAAGCAGAAGAAGCAGGCGGAGCAGCAGAGGGUCCAGGGGGAGGGGGCCGCAGCGGAGGGAGAAACGGCCACAGACGGAACAGCCGCUGAAGAGCCGGCGGAGGAAGAGGAAGAGGAGGAGACCGCGGAGGACACGAGCUCCUCUGUGACCAUGGCCUCCACCUGCUCCACGCUGCAGGACCUUAGCACCAGCUGCACAGACCCCAGCUCAGAGGAGCCCCCGCCCGCUCCUUCACCCGACACACCUGUGGAAGGGGACACGCCUGUGGGAGUGGAUACGCCUCAGGAGGAAACUACGCCUCUGGAGGAAACCACGAUGGAAGUCAACUGUAACGGACUCAUUCCCGCCGCUGCAGACACGGAGAAGACACCAGAUCAAACAAAGCACGUACGGAACGAUAAUGAGAAGGAGGCCGACAACAACAACACAAUAGUGAGUGAGACCACGCAGGUCUGUAAUGGGACCGAGGAGCAGGAGGAGCAGCAGGAACCAUCAGAGGACAAUACAGAGGCACCUCAGACAGAGCAGAAGAAGGAGGAGCAGAUGGACACGCAAGGAGAGAGCAAGACGAAAGAGGAGGAGCCAGUAGCAGAUUCUGACGCCUCCAGUAAUUUAUUAGUGAACCCCUUGGAGCCAGUGAACGCGGACAAGCUGCAGGUGAAGAUCGCGGACCUGGGGAACGCCUGCUGGGUGAAUAAGCACUUCACGGACGACAUCCAGACCCGACAGUACCGCUCCCUGGAGGUGUUGAUAGGAGCCGGCUACAGCACACCGGCGGAUAUCUGGAGCACGGCCUGCAUGGCCUUUGAACUGGCGACAGGAGAUUACCUUUUUGAGCCACAUUCUGGUGAAGAUUACUCCAGAGAUGAAGACCACAUCGCUUUGAUCAUCGAGUUGUUGGGCAAAGUUCCCCGGAAGCUCAUCACGACGGGGAAAUAUACAAAGGAGUUCUUCACAAAAAAAGGCGACCUCCGGCACAUCACGAAGCUGAAGCCCUGGGGUCUGAUCGACGUCCUGGUGGAGAAGUACGAGUGGUCCAAAGACGAGGCCCAGUCCUUCAGCAGCUUCCUCCUGCCCAUGUUGGACCUGGUCCCCGAGCGGAGAGCCACGGCGGCCCAGUGCCUGUGCCACGCCUGGGUCAGCUCCUAA